AUAUGAAGCUCAGGUUUGUCUCGCGCGCUAAUGUGACCAGUAGAAGAACGUCAUGGUUUGGUUGUUGCUCUUUUAUCUGUCCGGCGUUUUUGCCGGACGCUUUUUUAACGACGAUCAUCCGUGUUUCAAACCUCUACCGAAAAGAAGUCAGCUGGGAGUCAAGACCAGUCCACGUCCCCAUGAAUAUUUGACUGUUGCGGAUCUCCCCAAAGCCUGGGACUGGAGAAAUAUCAAUGGCACCAACUUUGUCAGUACAACUCGCAAUCAGCACAUCCCCCAGUACUGUGGAUCAUGUUGGGCUCAUGGUAGCACAAGCGCACUCGCAGAUCGCAUAAACAUCAAGCGAAAGGCAGCCUGGCCUUCUGCAUAUCUCUCAGUCCAGAACGUUAUUGACUGUGGGAAUGCUGGGUCCUGCCAUGGUGGCGAUCACUCAGGCGUGUGGGAGUAUGCCAACCGUCAUGGCAUCCCUGAUGAAACGUGCAACAACUAUCAGGCCAAAGACCAAAAAUGUAAUCUAUUUAAUCAGUGUGGUACGUGUACUACAUUUGGCCAGUGCAACAUUGUGAAGAAUUACACUCUGUGGAAGGUUGGAGACUAUGGCUCGGUCAAUGGCCUGGAAAAGAUGAAAGCUGAGAUUUAUGCUAGAGGACCCAUCAGUUGUGGAAUAAUGGCCACUGACAAACUGGAUGCAUACACUGGGGGUGUAUACUCUGAAUAUGUAGCGGAUCCCUUUAUUAACCACAUUGUGUCCGUGGCUGGCUGGGGUGUUGAGAAUGGAGUGGAGUUCUGGGUUGUCCGUAACUCCUGGGGUGAGCCAUGGGGUGAAAAGGGCUGGUUAAGGAUCGUGACUAGUGCUUAUAAAGGUGGCAGCGGGAGUCAGUAUAACCUGGCCCUAGAAGAAGACUGUAUGUAUGGUGACCCAGUUUUGCCAGAAGGAUACAUGCAUUGAUCUGGGGAAGACAGAGACAGCACCCAAAAAUCUACUAAAAAAUUAAUUCAUUUGAUUCAGCUAAUGAGUAUGUGUGUAGCCACUCCUAUUACUGCUGACAAUAGCACAAGAUAAUGUUUUUACUAAUGUUUAAAUCAGACCCACAAAUCUUUGCCAUUAUGCAAAAUGUUGUUUGAAUUCUUUUUAACAAUGUAUUUUACACUGAAAAUUUUCAUGUACAACAUGGACUUGAAAAAUGAUUUAAAAUGUAAAUGAACAGAUUUUUUUUGUCUUAAAUAUAGCUCUGAAUUAUUUUGA